AUGCCAAAGUCUACGAGGGAAACAGUUGAUUUUGUUAAUGGAUCUCUACUGUCUUUGCCGCCACGAUCUGAGAAUAGGUACAAGAAUCAGACAGUUGCUAUAAAGAUAGUUCACAGAGGAGAAACGCCAGAAGAGAUUGCAAAGAGGGAUUCAAGAUUCUUAAGAGAAGUAGAAAUGCUUUCGCGUGUUCAGCACAAGAAUUUGGUCAAGUUCAUUGGUGCUUGCAAGGAGCCUGUAAUGGUGAUAGUCACCGAACUUCUUCAAGGCGGUACACUGCGUAAAUAUCUGUUAAACUUGAGACCUGCAUGUUUGGAGACUCGUGUGGCCAUCGGUUUUGCGCUUGACAUUGCUCGUGGCAUGGAAUGCUUGCAUUCCCAUGGGAUCAUUCACCGUGAUCUUAAACCCGAGAACUUGCUUUUAACGGCAGACCACAAAACAGUAAAACUAGCAGACUUUGGAUUAGCAAGAGAAGAGUCACUGACUGAGAUGAUGACGGCUGAGACAGGAACAUACCGAUGGAUGGCACCUGAGUUGUACAGCACGGUUACUCUUCGAUUAGGAGAGAAGAAGCAUUACAACCAUAAAGUCGACGCUUAUAGCUUUGCAAUCGUUCUCUGGGAGCUUCUACACAAUAAAUUGCCUUUUGAGGGAAUGUCGAAUCUCCAAGCAGCAUAUGCAGCAGCCUUUAAAAAUGUGAGGCCAAGCGCUGAGAACUUACCAGAGGAGUUGGGCGACAUUGUAACUUCAUGCUGGAAUGAGGAUCCUAAUGCGCGGCCCAACUUCACUCAAAUCAUUCAGUUACUUCUUAGCUAUCUUUCCAAGGUCGGAUCUCCGGUACGUUCAAUUCCACAUCGGCUUCUUGCUUCUAAGAACGCACUACUGCCACCGGAUUCUCCAGGAACUAGCUCUUUGAUGGCUAAGGUUGAUGAAUGUGGGGAGACUCCAAAGGCCAAAACUGAAGACAAACGAAAAGGACCAGAGAUUAAGUAG